CGUUAUGAAGUCGUUGUGAGAAUCUCCAAUGUCCUACAGCUCCACGUUUUUCAAGGAGAUUGUAUUUGUUUUUGCUCUAACGUUGAGAAUAGACACUUAAACGUGACCAGGUAUUGCAUCUAGUUACAGAUUUGUUGUUUUUGGAGUGUUAAUCUGUUGUUUAGUGAAUGUAAAUAUGUGUGUUGCUUUAGCUAAGGCCUGUUAGUUAACCUGACAAUAGAUCGAGGUGGGCUGGGAAAGUUCUCAGAUGAUACAGCUUUACGUCUGGUAAGUGUCCACAGGGAAGUCGGUCGUCACAAUGACAAAUCAAGAAGGAGAGGGAUGGGGAGGCAUUAACCUUUCACCUCACCUGCACACAGACGAGUGCAAUGAACUCAUAAACCUCCUGAGACAGUGCCACAAAGAGCACAAUGUCAUGAAGUUCUUUGGCACAUGUAAUGACAUGGACCGUGCCAUGCGUCACUGUCUGAAGAAAGAGCGAUUGGAAAAACGAGAGCGCAGCAAGAAGCACGCAGAAGAAAUGAGGAAGAGGAUAAAGGAAGGACCCAAGCAGUUUUAAUACAUCCACAAAUAUUGGGACAUAAAAGUGAACAGGAGACGGUAUGCAAGGCUCCCAUGACUGGUUUUCUGUCAACGCAGAGGAACACUGAUGGUUAUGUUUCUUUCUAAAUUUGAAGUGUGAUUUAUAAUAUCAUUUACAGCUGAUCGCAUCAUCAUCUGCUGCAAAACAAUGUCAUUAUGCCAUUGGUUUGGUUGGUGCAAAGCUUCUACCUCUGUAAUUACAGAGUAAAUAUUGGAAUCUGCUCUAAGAGCAGAUGCUAAAACAUGCAGGUCAGUUGGAGAAUAAAAGUCUAGCAUUUCAGAUAAACACUGUCUUUCUUUCUCUUCUUUAAUGUUUAAUUGAUCUUAGAAUUUCUAUUUUUUCUUUUUACUUUAUUUUAACGUGAUGGUUUCAGUCGUUGUACUUGUUGACUACACCGCUCAGGAAUCUCUCUGCACCCGCUGACAAAGAUGUUUAUUGUUGUGAAAGUUUGUUGAAUGGGAAUUUAUAUUGUUUCCAGAUUUUUUGGUUUUAAAUAAAAAGUCAAAUUCUCCAUC